AUGGAAUCAGAGAAACGCUAUGCUUCAGCUUCUUCUUCUCUUACCCCUACUUCUUCAUCCUCCUCUUCCUCUCCCUCUCCCUCUCUGUCCGACGAGUUUGAGGCGGCCGAGACUCUAGCUUACUUUGCGCGAUUACCAAUGCGCCGCCACACCACUCAUUCCACCGAUAACUCCUGCACCAACCGAUUCAACCUCGACUCAACGAUUCCUCACUCGGAUCCUCCUCCGCCUAGUACGCAAAAUGAGUGCUUAAGAAACAUCAAGGUGGAGCAGGAUGCUGAUUUAUCCAAGACUGAUCACUGCAACAAGACGAGACGUGAUUUAACAGAGGAAGAAAAAGAAGCACGGAGGAUACGAAGGGUAUUGGCAAAUAGAGAGUCCGCUAGGCAGACGAUUCGCCGCAGGCAGGCUCUGAGUGAGGAGUUAAGCAGAAAAGCUGCCUCGUUAGUGCUGGAAAAUGAAAACCUAAAGAGAAAGAAGGAGCUGGCUUUGAAAGAGUAUCAGUCUUUAGAGACUACAAAUAAGCUCUUAAAAGCACAAGUAUCUAAGUCAAUAAACACGAAAGUGGAGAAAACUCCUAUUGAGCAGGAGUUAUCUAUGGCGGAGGUAGCACCUAUGUCUGGUAAUAGUCCAUGGUUUCGUUAUAACCAUUUUCCGGUUAGACAAUUAUUUUGGCCCUCCAUCUUUCAAUCUUCUAAUCAAGUUCAUACACCAUUUAACUCCAUUGCCAUUCCAUCACAUGUAUACGUACCAUGUUCUUCUGAGUCUGAAUCUCCUCACAAGCGAGAUAACCCUAUAAAUGACAAUCAAACACAAAAUCCAUUGUACAUGUUUCCAUGUCCUUGGUUAUACCCUCCUCCAGAUAUUGGAAAUGGACAGCCAUCGGCUUCCAGUUGCAUAGAAGAUAAACAAGAUAAUCUUCCUCUAGAUGAACAAUGCAGUACUAGUUUAUCCUUAAACAGAGCAGGAAAUGGGAACUAUCAUGACACUCUACCUAUCAAUUUGAAAACAGAACCUACUGAACGGACCAAAUCCAGAUCUAGUAGUGACCCUGGUCACACCACUCCGUGUUUUUCUUUGGAUGGAAUUGAGCAGAAAAAAAGAUGUCACAAUACAGAAAAGUUCCAUAGACCUGCAUUUGAUUGUAAUGGACAUGCUUCUGUAGUCAAGCAAGAACCCGAGCUUCAGUUAAAUUUGGCUUCCAACACCAAGGUAUCUUCAACAGCUUCUGGUAUCACAGCUUCUUCACUUGAAAAGAAACAAGAACAGUUCAUAUGCUCAGGAAAAAAUCUAGUGAAUGCAGUUGCUGCGGCAGAGGCACGAAAGAGGAGAAAGGAACUAACAAAACUAAAAAGUAACCAAAACCGCCGGAUGGAGUGUUGA